AUGCUUCCUCAAUGCCCAAAGUUGACGCCUCUGCAGGCCCGCCUCUUUGCGUCUGUGACCGCGCUCGCCCUUCUGGCGUUCGUGUACUGGUCUUUGUCAAGUCCACACUUUGCAUAUGCGGCCGAAUUGUUUCUAGAUGGCCGCGGCUUGCCGAGAAGUAGCGGGGAAGACCACAACUGGCACAGAAUAGAGGACCUGGUCGGACUGGAGGAGAGCGAUGAGAGAUCAGACACGGGCGAGGAUGAAGGUGAUCAUCAACAUCAUUCCUACGAGAGGAGAGCCGUGGAGCCGACCCAGAUUCGAGGCAACAACGUGGACACAAAGUACGAUGUCGCUGCGGGGAACACAACGAUCUUGGAAUACCCUCGCACUCUUCUGGAGGGAAACCGCACUGAGAGCGGCGAUGGACUGCCGAGCGAUUUAGAGGAGAGACGGUUGGAUAGCGUGAGGCAUGCCGACUUGCGCAAGCGCAACGAACUGGGCAACGAAAUGGGCAACGUUUUGGAAACGCGACAGGAAGGUGAUCUGAACAGGACGAUCUACAUAUCGGCCAACGUCUGCCGACAGCCAACAUGGAACGGGACGGGACCUCAAAUCGAAGCACCGCCCCAAUUGACACUGUAUGUGUCGACGAAAGAGAACAACACCGACCUUGGGCCGGGCGCGGGCAACAUCUCUCAAACGAUCCAGCCAUUCAAUGGCGGAUUCGCUAAUGCUUCAGUGGUGGGAGCGACUGGUGAUUGGCGUCUGGCUGUGUCUGCACCGGAGCUGCCAGAAGGCUUCACAGGCUUUUGGACCUAUUCGCUAGCGGCUUCGAUCGAUGGCUACUUCCACUCUGUUGAGACCUCGGACGCCUUUCUGUUCCUCGUUGACACAGAUCACAACUCUGCGCUCUUAGUGACUGACAACCUCACCAUAUCCGAGCCAUCGGACACAGUCUACCAGCAGUGGAUGAAUCUCACCGCACCCUUUAUCAUGUUUGCAGCGAACACAAAUCUCACUGGUCUAUGGGGCAUGGAGAAUUCCUACUGCGGCCUUGAUACCUUUGUUAAAGCCAACGACCAGAUCGAAGCAAGUCGAGAAGAUUUACUUGGCCAGGAGACGCACGUGCAGAUGGGCAUGAUCACGCGUGGCCUCGGGAAGAAGCCCAAAGAGCAGUUCCUUGUCACCAACCUCAAUAGCUCCAGUGAAUAUCGUGGAUUUCUGGCCAUGAGGGGCAAUUCAACUGAUUACGGGGAUGGCGUGGUUGGCGGCGGCGGCAAGGUCUGGCAGCCAGUAUCCUUCACAACGAAGUCUGACGGCAACUGCCAGCUUCUUUAUAACAUGACGUUCUGCGAUGAGGUAGCAUACGCUGUACCCGCCAAUCCGAACACAAUGGCCACGUUCGAGGAACUGCAAUCCUUUUACGAGAACUACACUACCACGUGGUGGGCACCAUUCAACUGGACCCUGGCCCAGAUUCCUUGCAAUACGACAGCCGAUGCACAGUACUCGCUUGCGAAGACUUGCAAUGAUUGCGCAGCAGCGUACAAAGAAUGGCUUUGCGCUGUUUCAAUUCCUCGAUGUCAGGACUUCACAAAUGACGCAGACUAUCUGCAAAUCCGCAAUGUUGGUCAGCCAUUUUACAACAAUGAUUCGAUGCUGGAUUCGGAGUUUCUCAACUCCCGCUACGUCGCCAUGCCUAAUGCGCCUUCCAUCCAAGGUAGCAAUGCAUUCGACCAGACCUACAUGUCGAGCUUUGCCACAAACCGGUCCCGUAAUCAGCAAAUCGACGAGAUAAUCAAACCGGGGCCGUAUAAGGAAGUCUUGCCUUGCGAAGAUCUCUGCUAUAGUCUUAUGCAGAGCUGUCCUGCGUCCAUUGGAUUUGUAUGUCCAUAUCGCGGGCGAGGACUGGAGGCCGGCUACGGGGUGAGAAGCUCCAAUGGGGUCACGUGCAGCUAUUUGGGAGCGGUGUAUUAUGUUAAUGCUGCUGCUGGUGCCGGAAUGCCUGUCUGGCGGGCUUUGGCGUUUGCUGCUGUCUUAGGAUGGACCCUUGCGCUGACAUGA